UGGUGUCAUUUCUACUAAGGUCGACACUAAAACUACUACAACCAAAAACUUUUGCUAAAUUUCUUCCAUGGCUCUCUCUUGUUCGGUACUAAGAGCUUUCCUCCUAGCUCUGACUCUUGCAUCCCUUCAUCUCUCAGCAUGCAAUUUGCUAAAAGGAUCAGUCUCUUGCCUUGAUUGUCACUUACGCUACGACCUCUCUGGAAUAACAGUUGCGAUUGAGUGUGAGCACAACAAGCUACAAGAGACCACAUUAACCAAUGACAAGGGUUAUUUUGAAGCGAAAAUCUCUUCAAGCUCUCCCAAUUGCUUUGCUAGACUUGUUGGAGGACCAGAACAACUUUGCUCCUAUAAGAAAUCUAUGGUCAGUAGGAUUGUCAAAGCGAAAGGAUCAGAGUACACCUACACUUUAUCUGCUCCUCUCAGUUUCCUCUCUUCAUGUCCCUCGAAGAAGUCCUUGAUCGGAUCCUCGAAGACCGUUGAUCUUCCUCUUCCGAAAGAAUGGGGGUUGGCUCCUACAAGCUACUAUGUGCCUUUCUUUCCCAUUAUAGGAAUUCCAUGAGCAUGCCACUUAGUUUAGUGUUCUUUCCUUUUGAAUUUGUGAUGUGUUUGUAGCAGUAAAUUGGUAAGUUGAAAGUAGAACCUUAGUGCUCGUAUGGCUGCGCGCUUGAGAGAACGUGCGUGUUAGUGUGCUAUGUGAUGUUGCUACUAGUUGUUAUCUCAGUACUGCCACUGAUCAAAUGUUGUUUUUUUGUACAAAAUCGUGAUUAGUUAGUAAUAUAAUGUAUGAGAUGGUAAGAGUUGCUGUUCUCUAUUCUCGUA